GAGGAAGCCCGAGAAUUUCCGGAGCGAGCCGAAGCAUCGCGACAGCUUCCGGAGCGCGCGGGCCGGCUCGGACGCCCAGUGCAGGGCGCGACCAUGGCGGCUGCGGUCGCCGCUGCUCCCGGGGACUGCGAGGAGCCGGCGCCGGAGGCUGAGGCGCUGGCCGCGGCCCGGGAGCGGAGCGGCCGCUUCCUGAGCGGCCUGGAGCUGCUGAAGCAGGGCGCCGAGGCGCGCGUGUUCCGCGGCCGCUUCCAGGGCCGCGCGGCCGUGGUGAAGCACCGCUUCCCCAAGGGCUACCGGCACCCGGCGCUGGAGGCGCGGCUCAGCCGGCGGCGGACCGUGCAGGAGGCCCGGGCGCUGCUCCGCUGCCGCCGCGCAGGAAUAUCUGCCCCUGUUGUCUUUUUUGUGGACUAUGCUUCCAACUGCUUAUAUAUGGAAGAAAUUGAAGGCUCAGUGUCUGUUCGAGAUUAUAUUCAAUCCACUAUGGAGACUGAAAAAUCUCCCCAAAAUCUCUUUGGCUUAGCUAAGACAAUCGGGCGGGUUUUGGCUCGAAUGCAUGAUGAAGACCUCAUUCACGGUGAUCUCACAACUUCCAACAUGCUCCUGAAACCCCCCAUGGAACAGCAGAACAUUGUGCUCAUAGACUUUGGACUGAGUUUCAUUUCAGCACUUCCAGAAGAUAAGGGGGUAGACCUCUACGUCCUGGAGAAAGCUUUCCUCAGCACCCAUCCCAACACUGAGACUGUGUUUGAAGCCUUUCUGAAGAGCUACUCUACCUCCUCCAAAAAGUCCAGGCCAGUGCUAAAAAAAUUAGAUGAAGUUCGCUUAAGAGGAAGAAAGAGGUCCAUGGUUGGGUAGGAGAAUGUGUGUGACAGUCACACACAGUUAAGUUCUUUUUUCAAAGUAAAUUUGAAGAAAUGCUACAAAUACAAGAUUAGACCUCAAUAAAGGUGUUGAUAUUUUUAAGUAA